AUGAUAUUGCAUGCUGACAAGAAGACAAAGAAUGAUCCUUUCAAACCCUGGGACUGGAAGUGUGACUUGGUGAGGCCUUUGCGGAAGCAUCACGGCGCCCCACCUGACGAAGCUAAGCCACAAGGGCCUGUACAGACACCAGAAGAACUGGCAUUUUAUGCCCCGGAUUACUUGUGUAUGACCGUCAUAGGCAUACUUCUUUUCCCUCCCCUGGGACUACCAGCAGCCUUCUUCUGUCACAAGACCAAGGAGGCCAACAAGAACAGCGAUUGGGAAGAGGCUUAUAUCAACUCAGGCCGAACUGGUUGGCUGGAUGUAUUCGCUAUACUCAUCGGUUUAGGCAUCAUUUAUUACUAUGCCCUAUUUGUGUGA